AUGGCUGCUCCUCGGGUGGCGACUCGCCUGCUCUCUGCUGCCUCGCGGGCAUCAUCCCGCCCCGCCUGCGCUGUCGCUCGCGCCCGCGCCGCCGCCGCCCGCCCCAUCGAGACGUCGGCCAUUCGCUCGCAGAUCCCGACGGGUAAGGAGUCGCCCUACGCGGAGCCUGCGGGUCGCAACCCGGUCGAGCACUUCCAGCCGUACUCUGCCCAGCUGCAAGAGUACGGCGCGUGGAUCAUGGCGUCGCUGCCAAAGUUCAUGCAGCAGACGAGCGUCUACAAGGACGAGUUGACCCUCUACGUCGCGCCCUCGGCCAUCGUCCCCGUCAUGUACUUCCUCCGCGACCACACCAACACCCAGUUCAAGCAGGUCAUGGACAUCUGCGGUGCAGACUAUCCGACGAGGGGAAAGCGCUUCGAGGUCGUCUACCACCUCCUCUCCGUCCGCCACCAGUCCCGCAUCCGCGUCAAGACCUACGCCGACGAGACCUCGCCCGUCCCCUCGAUCGUCAAGAUCUUCCGCGGCGCAGACUGGUAUGAGCGCGAGGCGUGGGACAUGUACGGCAUCUACUUCACCGGCCACCCUGACCUCCGCCGCAUCCUCACCGACUACGGCUUCGAGGGCCACCCGCUCCGCAAGGACUUCCCCUUGACCGGCUACACCGAGGUUCGCUACGACGAGGAGAAGAAGCGUGUCGUCUCGGAGCCUUUGCAGCUCUCGCAGGCGUUCCGCAACUUUGAGGGCGCGACAUCGCCCUGGGAGGGAACCGGCACCGGCAUCGACGCCCGCGCACCGCAGUUUGUUCUCCAGCCACCGAAGGACGAGGGCAAGGCAAACGAGGAGAAGAAGUCGGAGGCGACCAAGAAGUAA